AUGCCGGCGGCGGAUCUACUGCGCGACUACGAGCUGCUGCUAGUGCGCAAGCACCGCUUCGCGCUGGCGGACAUCGUGGUCUGUAUGCAGCGCGUCGUGCAAGACCUUCAGCAGCUGCAGCGCCGUCUGCAGCGUGCAGUGAGCCUCGUGCCUUCGUUCCUGGGGGAAACGGAGCUCAGAACACUCUUGUCGGCGUUGCAAGAAUUCUGGAUCUGGAUGCAGCAUCUGGCCAAAUUCCUGGACGAAGCGGGGCAAGUACUGCAGAACUCGCACUCGAGGCGAGUGGGGCAGUACGAGAAGGCCAUUGAGCAGUUCACGGACGACUUCAAGUUAGCUCUGGAAGAUGAGCAUUUGAAACGCGCUAGGCAGCUUCACUUUGAUAUCGAGACGAUCGAGACGUCGAUGUCGACAAUGCUGCUACCACAUUUUGAGAUCUGUCGGACGAUCACCACCGCCAAUGCGCAGGUGCAGCCGACUAGAUCAUUGUUUUCGAGAGCCGACUGCGACGACAUCGAUGCUUUUGUGCAGACAGCGGCAAAAUUGAAGAGUGGUGGCAUCACAUUCCGCAGUGUGCUCCAGCAUGCUCAGGAGUUUUUGAAGCGGCUGACAUUGUUUGAGCAAGCUGCAAAAAAGGAUGCAUUUUUGGUUUGUUCCAGCGCGUUGAAGCUGCAAUUCCGCGAGUCGCUCGACCAGGAACUGUUCCUCGCGUACGUCAAUGAUUGGGGCACCAAGCGCAAGGCACUACAGGUUUGA